AGCACCGGACAGGUUGGGAGCUUUGGCCCGGCGCAGGAACGCGAGCUCGGCGGGCUCCGGGGCCGGCGGCAGCCAUGGCUUCGGCGACUGUGGAGAGCUUCGUGACCAAGCAGUUGGACCUGCUGGAGCUCGAGAGAGACGCGGAGGUCGAGGAGCGCAGGUCCUGGCAGGAAAGCAUCUCGCUGAAGGAACUCCAGAGCCGAGGCGUUUGUCUCCUGAAGCUGCAGGUGUCCAGCCAGCGCACCGGGCUGUACGGGCGGCUGCUGGCCACCUUCGAGCCCAGAAGGUGCGGGUCUGCAGCGGUGCUGCCCAGCAACAGCUUCACUUCCGGCGAUAUAGUGGGGCUGUACGACGCCGCUAAUGAAGGCAGUCAGCUGGCCACGGGGAUUCUGACCCGGGUCACCCAGAAAUCCGUCACGGUGGCUUUUGACGACUCCGAUGAUUUCCAGUUGAGCUUAGAGCGAGAGAAGUCCUACAGACUACUCAAACUUGCCAACGAUGUCACUUACAAGCGACUGAAAAAAGCUCUGCUUGCCCUCAAGAAGUACCAUUCCGGCCCAGCGACCUCCCUCAUAGAAGUGCUCUUCGGGGGCUCAGACCCCAGUCCUGCUGAUGUCACACACCCGCUAACCUUCUACAACACCUCCCUGGACACUUCCCAGAAAGAAGCGGUUUCUUUUGCGCUGGCCCAGAAAGAGCUCGCCAUCAUCCACGGGCCUCCUGGCACUGGGAAGACCACGACCGUGGUGGAGAUAAUCCUUCAGGCUGUGAAGCAGGGCUCAAAGGUCCUGUGCUGCGCGCCCUCGAACGUCGCGGUAGACAACCUCGUGGAACGCCUGGCCGGCUGUGAGCAGAGGGUCCUGCGCCUGGGACACCCGGCCCGCCUGCUGGAGUCCAUUCAGCAGCACUCCCUGGAUGCGGUUUUGGCGCGAAGUGACAGUGCCCAGAUUGUCGCAGACAUCAGGAAGGACAUCGACCAUGUCUUUGUGAAAAACAAAAAGACCCAGGAUAAGAGAGAGAAGAGUAGUUUUCGAAAUGAGAUUAAGCAGUUAAGGAAAGAACUGAAGGAGAGGGAAGACGCGGCCGUGCUGGAAAUCCUCACCUUGGCCCGCGUGGUCCUCGCAACCAACACCGGUGCUUCUUCUGAUGGCCCUUUAAAAUUGCUGCCCGAGAACUACUUUGACGUGGUAGUCAUUGAUGAGUGUGCCCAGGCCCUGGAAGCGAGCUGCUGGAUUCCUUUGCUGAAGGCCAGGAAGUGCAUCCUGGCUGGGGAUCACAAACAGCUGCCCCCCACUGUGAUCUCACACAAGGCCGCGCUGGCGGGGCUGUCGCUCAGCCUGAUGGAGCGCCUGACGGAGCGGCACGGCGAGGGUGUGGUGCGCAUGCUGACAGUGCAGUACCGCAUGCACCACGCCAUCAUGCAGUGGGCCUCCGAGGCCCUGUACCACGGACAGCUCACAGCACACACCUCUGUGGCGGAGCACCUCCUGAGGGACCUCCCAGGAGUGGCUGCUACAGAGGAGACGGCCUUGCCCCUGCUGCUCAUCGACACCGCCGGCUGCGGGCUGUUCGAGCUCGAGGGGGAAGAGGAGCAGUCGAGAGGGAACCCAGGUGAGGUCCGCCUCGUCAGCCUGCAUGUCCAAGCUCUGGUGGACGCCGGCGUCCCAGCCCGCGACAUCGCUGUCAUCACGCCAUACAACCUCCAGGUGGACCUGCUCCGGCAGAGCCUCGCCCACAGGUACCCGGAGCUGGAAGUAAAGUCAGUCGAUGGCUUCCAGGGGCGAGAGAAGGAAGCUGUGAUCCUGUCCUUCGUCAGAUCCAAUUGGAAAGGUGAAGUUGGCUUUCUUGCUGAGGACCGGCGCAUCAACGUGGCAGUCACCCGCGCACGCCGCCACGUGGCGGUCGUCUGUGACUCACGCACUGUCUCCAACCACACGUUCCUGAAGACCUUGGUGGGCCACUUCACGGAGCACGGGGAGGUGCGCACGGCCUUUGAGUACCUUGAUGACAUCGUGCCUGAGAACUACUCCCACGAGAGCACCCAGGGCCCCGCAAGCGUGAAGGCCCAGGGCACAGCCCCUGCGGUGAGGGGGCCUCCGGGCAGUGGGCAGCAGACGGGAGGCCGGGCCUCCAGAGCUGCCAGGCUGGACUGGAAGAAGCCGGGCGCUAAGGCUUCAGACUCCGAAGCCACUUCUCAGCCCAGCCUAAACGGAGGCGUUCCAGAGCCAGUGGAGGGAAGAGACAGCAUGGAGCACUUCAAGGCCAUGAUCACAGCGUUUGUGGCGAGUGAGGAGACGCGGCUGGAGUUUCCUGCUUCCCUGAACGCCCGUGACAGGAUGUGGGUCCAUCAGAUUGCUGAGGAGAUGGGGCUGAGGCACAGCAGUGCCGGGGAGGGCAGGGGGCGGCGCGUGACUGUGAGCAAGAGUACUGGCCCAGCCUUGCUGCCCCCCAGCCCUGCGCAGGCCGAGCGUCCCCCAAGCCCCGCACAGGCCGAGCGUCCCCCCAGCCCCCUGCAGGCCGAGCGUCCCCCUGGCCCUGUACACGCUGAGCGUCCCCCCAGCCCUGCGCGGGCUGAGCAUCCCCCCAGCCCCGCGCAGGCUGAGCGCUCCCCCAGUGAGCUUAGCAACAGCGGUGGCCGCAGCAGGGACCCGCUGGACCUGAAGGCGCUGCACCUGGAACGGCUGCAGAGGGAGGUGGGCCGGCAGGAGCAGCUGGCCAAGAAGGGGCAGGUGGGCGCUGGGACACGGAGGCUGUCGGAGAAGAAAAAGAGGAAAGAAGGAAAAGGACGCGUGGCCAUAGCUUUGCCCGUGGACGAGGACUUUGACGCCCUGGUUUCUGCUGCCAUUAAGGCUGACAACACCUGUGGCUUUGCCAAGUGCUUGGCCAGCGUCGUGACCCUGGGCCAGCUCUGCCUGCACUGCAGCCGCCGGUACUGCCUCAGCCACCACCUGCCCGAGGUCCACGGCUGUGGGGAGCGGGCACGUGCCCACGCCCGGCAGAGGAUCAGCCGGGAGGGUGUGCUUUACACUGGCAGCGGGACCAAGGACAGGGCCCUGGACCCCGCCAGGAGGGCGCAGCUGCAGAGGCGGCUAGACACAAAGCUGGACGCCCUGACCAACCAGAGGAGGAGCAAGAGGAAAGACAAGGAGAAGUGA